AAAGCUCCUUUGACGUCAGCCACGUUAGGUUUCAGUUGUCCAAGAUGGCGGAGGUGAGCGGGUUGAGGAGCAGAAAUCACUUCGAGCCCAACUGUAAAAGCCGAGUCGUUGACGAAGGCUUGAGUGGAGUGGAAGAUGUCCCUAUUUUUCGGCAUAAACCGAGGCCUCCUUUAGCCAGGCCUGAAGACCUGGAGGAUGAAUUUCUCCCCAGGACCACAGCCUCAAACUCGGGCAAAAAUGCCAGCCUCACCCCCUCUACAGAUGAAGAGACUCUGGAAGAAGAGGCUGCGGUAGAGGAGGAGAAGGCCAGACCCAUCCAGGUUGUCCUGGCAAACGAGGAUGAGCACAGCUUCGAGCUGGACGCCGCAGCGCUGGAGAGGAUUCUGCUGCAGGAUCACAUUAAGGACCUGAAUGUGGUGGUCGUGUCCGUGGCCGGGGCCUUCCGCAAGGGCAAGUCCUUCCUGCUGGACUUUAUGCUGCGAUACAUGCACAGUCAGAGUGAGUCAUGGAUAGGAGGUGAUGAUGAGCCCCUGACAGGGUUCACCUGGAGAGGAGGCUGCGAGAGGGAAACCACAGGAAUUCAGAUCUGGAGCGAAGUCUUUGUGGUUAACAAGCCUGAUGGCAGCAAGGUUGCUGUGCUCCUCGUUGACACUCAGGGAGCAUUUGACAGCCAGUCCACCAUAAAGGACUGUGCUACUGUGUUCGCCCUCAGCACAAUGACCAGCUCUGUGCAGGUGUACAAUCUCUCUCAGAACAUACAAGAGGACGACCUGCAGCAUCUGCAGCUCUUCACAGAAUACGGUCGGCUGGCAAUGGAAGAGAUCUAUCUGAAACCUUUCCAGUCCCUGAUGUUCCUGAUUCGCGACUGGAGUUAUCCUUAUGAACACGACUAUGGAUUGAAAGGAGGCAACAACUUUCUGGACAAAAGACUGCAGGUGAAACAGAACCAACAUGAAGAGCUGCAGAAUGUGAGAAAGCACAUCCACUCCUGCUUCUCCAACAUUGGCUGUUUCCUGCUGCCGCAUCCCGGCCUCAAGGUGGCCACCAACCCGUACUUUGACGGCAGGCUGAAAGACAUCGAUGAUGAUUUUAAGCGGGAGCUGGCCAAGCUGGUGCCUCUCCUCCUGGCUCCAGAGCGACUGGUGGAGAAGGAGAUCGGAGGCAACAAAGUCACCUGCAGAGAUCUCCUGGAGUACUUCAAGGCUUACAUAAAGAUCUACCAAGGGGAGGAGCUGCCUCACCCAAAGUCCAUGCUGCAGGCGACAGCAGAAGCCAACAACUUGACUGCUGUGGCAGGAGCCAAAGACUUGUACAGCAAGAACAUGGAGCUGGUCUGUGGUGGAGACAAGCCAUACAUUGCCCCAGCCGACCUGGAGCGCUGCCACGAGGAGUUUCGUGAGCACUCUGUGCGUUUCUUCCGCUCCGUGAAGAAAAUGGGUGGCGAGGAGUUCUGCCAGCGCUACCAGAGCCAGCUGGAGUCCGAGCUGGACGAGGCCUUCACCAACUUCUCCCGGCAUAACGACGGCAAAAACAUCUUCUACGCAGCACGCACGCCUGCCACACUUUUCGCAGUCAUGUUUGUCACCUACGUGGUCUCCGGGGUGACGGGCUUCAUCGGUCUGAGCACCUUGGCAGUGCUGGCUAACCUGGUCAUGGGCAUUGCGCUGCUGUCACUCUGCGCCUGGGCAUAUGUGAAGUAUUCUGGAGAGUUUCGGGAGGUGGGAACGCUGAUAGAUCUGAUCGCCGAGACACUCUGGGAACAGGUUUUGAAGCCACUAAGUGAACAUUAUAUGGAAGACAACGUCAGGCAGACGGUGGUUAACUCUAUCAAAGCCAGCUUGACAGAACAGGCCUCGCAGCACACCAAGUUAAAGACUCACUGACGCGCUUCCUCCUUGUCAUCUCCCCCGUCAUGUUCCUCCUGCCCACUCGCUCAUCGUGUUCAAUCCUAGAACUGUGGAACUAGUUCAACACCAAAGCUGACCCUCUUUUAUCCACCCCCCUCCCUCUAAACGUCCAUCAUCACAUUGCUGCCCCAUCUUUACUUGCUGUUGUGGACCUGUAGGGUCGCUCGUCUGCCCUGCUCUUCAUCGCCCCCCAGUGCCUCAGAGCAGAAACUGCAUGUUCAUAAGAGGACCGAGCAGAGAAGGCGGCAGCGGCGGCGCCUCUUGCCAAAACAGGACCUGAAGGACUGUCAUCUUCUCCAGUGUGCCAUGCUGUGGUAGAUGCAUCUUGUGCUGUAAUGCAUACUGUAGGCUGACACACACACACUCGCACUUGCGCAUACACACACACACACACACACACGUAUUUGCUGGUAGUGGACUGCACCCGCUUCAGGAUUGAGCUGUAAUUCAGGGAAAACUGACACCGAUGUGGGCAGCUGUUAUCAACAAUGGAUGCAAACUGAAACACUUUUUCUGUGUGUUAAAUCGUUUUGUCUGAGAGGCCAAAGCUCAGUUCACUUUCUCUUCAGCCUGUUGAUUAACGUUUCCCACAAGCACAAGUGACUAAUCGACUAAUAACGAGGUGAUUGUUGUGUUCAUGUUUUUUGUUAUUUCAGGAAACUGAUUUGAUUGAAUCUGCUGAAGUGAAAGUAAAUUGAAAAGCCUGUCAUGGACAAGCUGGAGAGGCUUUUUGAAUGGUCAAACUUGCAGCUGCUCCUGGUAAAUGAAUCUGUCUCCUACAAUUCUGAACAAAAAAGAAAUCAAGCAAAACUAUAUUUUUUCUUUUCACAUACCACUAGUUCACCUGCCUGUCUCAUUAAUUAAGAUUCUCACACCAAGUGUGGAAGGUGCGUUCACCAGGAAAUAUUAUCAAACUCUGGGCUCAGGUUGCUUCUAGACGUCUGCACGUCCUUCCCUUUAAUAUUGUGUGAUUGUAAUCCUGGAGAGAACUGUAAGUGAGCCAGUUUUCAACGUGUUUUUAAUUUAGGCCUGACAUGUUUUUUAGUGUCUUGGUAGCAGACCUGCCAGUGUCUGGCCCUCUGCAUGAUAAUAAGAGCUACUGUGUCAUAGCAUUUAAGCUAGCUAAGAGCUUUUAGAGCCCAGGCCUCGGUAAUCAGGUAGCUUAGGAGGACUGUCUUUUUCAAGCAUUUUCUCUUCCACUGCCUUUCAUGAAAGCCACAGAAGCCCUGGAGGUUUUGCCUCACAUUUUUAGGACCUCCAUUAUUGCUUUUGGGAACCCUCUUUGGUCAGAGAUAUCGCUCUUUUUUAAGCUGUUAUUACACCUCUUUAAGGAAUAUUUUACAUUUUGAAAAGUACGCUUUUUUGGUUUCUUGAGUCAGAUAUGAGGAUUGAUGAUGGUCAUAGCAGCUAGCAGCUAAGACUUAUAGCUCAGCACAGAGACUUGAAGCAAGGUGACACUUGAGCCUAUACCAACAUCUCAAAAGCUCAAUAAUUAACCCUUUAUAUAGCUUGUUUGUUUAAUUCAUACACAAACCAGAGUGAAAAAAAACUUUUUAAGUACAUGUGUUAAUUAGUGUGCUUUAUUAAACUGGUGGGCAGAUUAUUGACCUUUAUGGACAAAGCCCAGUUUCCCAGGGCGAGCAAAAUGCCACACUGGGCUAGUAAAUCUAGCAACCCACUUUCCUGAUGGUACAAAAUUUAAAAAAAUAAAAUAAAAUUCAAGAGCUGACAAUGGAAAUAGCUACAGUGAGCCAUCUUUGUUGUAAUUUAAUAACUGCUAAUGAAUAAAUCUAUUUGUGUAGGAGCAAGUGAAAAUUGACUUUGGGCAAAUAGAUUUUCCGACCUGGCCAUUUCCUCCUUUGCCCAAUCUUUAUGCUGAGCUAACUGGCUGCUCCAACUUCAUAUUGAACUGAUCGAUCUUCUCUCUGCAACAACGUGAAUAAGCGUAUCUUCCAAAAUGUUGAACUAUUCCUUUAACUCAGAAUAAAGGACUGUAUCUGCUGCUGCCUCCUCCUCGAGAGCUGGAUUUAUCUAUCUGGGUCUCCCAAAAGCAGCCUGAUAAAAUAACAGGAACAGAAACAUGUCCUCCUCCUUUUCUGUUCAACAGCUGCAUCACAUCUGUCUGAGCUCAUCUGCAUUGAUUCCAUCCACAUGAUCUCUCACCUUAAGCGCCAGUCUUGUACUGUACAGUCUCUCCUGCUCUGUGUUCACAUAUUACAAAUCGGGCAUGUAUGUUGGAUUAAAUAUUUAAAUAAACUUUGUAUACAUUUUAUAGUGAAUCAGUUGGCUGACAAUGGCUGUUUUGUUUUUCUUGAUCAACUUAACAACAGUCUGUGGUUUGUUUAAAUGAUAAGUUGCUGCUGUAGGGUUUACACUAGUUUAUCUCUGUGUCCACGAGGACGGACGUUAAUAGAAACGUGGUGUGAAUAUUUGGAUUCUGAUAGGGAAUUGUUUUGAUUGUGACGAGUGGGUCGGAGACUAUGUCUGUCUGCCUUUUAAAGAUAUCGCCGGUAAUUUAUUUUUGAAUAAAAUGUUUACCUUAAGAAUAAAUCAUAAAUUCAAGUA